GAAGCGACCGACUUUUCCAGAAUACCCGGAUAGCGCCUCCCGGCCACGCUGAGCCGGCUUUGGGUAUCUAUUGGUGCGGGUCUUUUCUUUUGGUGGCUCAGCUAUGGCGGCUGUGAAGACCCUGAAUCCCAAAGCUGAGGUGGCCCGGGCCCAGGCAGCGUUGGCGGUCAACAUCAGCGCGGCCCGGGGACUGCAGGACGUGCUAAGGACGAACUUGGGGCCUAAGGGCACCAUGAAGAUGCUUGUUUCUGGUGCUGGAGACAUCAAGCUUACUAAAGAUGGCAAUGUGCUGCUUCAUGAAAUGCAAAUUCAGCACCCAACAGCCUCCUUAAUAGCCAAAGUAGCAACAGCCCAGGAUGACAUAACUGGUGAUGGUACCACUUCCAAUGUUCUAAUCAUUGGAGAACUGCUGAAACAGGCGGACCUCUACAUUUCUGAAGGUCUUCAUCCCAGAAUAAUAACAGAAGGAUUUGAAGCUGCAAAGGAAAAGGCACUUCAGUUUUUAGAACAAGUCAAAGUCACCAAAGAGAUGGACAGAGAAACACUCAUAGAUGUGGCCAGGACAUCUCUGCGUACUAAAGUUCAUGCUGAACUUGCAGAUGUCUUAACAGAGGCUGUAGUUGACUCCAUAUUGGCCAUUAAAAAACAAGAUGAGCCUAUUGACCUCUUCAUGGUUGAGAUCAUGGAAAUGAAACAUAAAUCUGAAACCGAUACAAGCUUAAUCAGAGGUCUUGUUUUGGACCAUGGAGCACGACAUCCUGAUAUGAAAAAAAGAGUAGAAGAUGCCUACAUUCUCACAUGCAAUGUGUCAUUAGAAUAUGAAAAAACAGAAGUGAAUUCUGGCUUUUUUUACAAGAGUGCAGAAGAGCGAGAGAAACUAGUAAAAGCCGAAAGAAAAUUCAUUGAAGACAGAGUUAAAAAAAUAAUAGAACUAAAAAAGAAAGUCUGUGGUGACUCAGAUAAAGGAUUUGUUGUUAUUAAUCAAAAGGGAAUUGACCCAUUUUCCUUAGAUGCUCUUGCAAAAGAAGGCAUAGUAGCUCUGCGCAGAGCUAAAAAGAGAAAUAUGGAAAGGCUGACUCUUGCUUGUGGUGGGAUAGCUCUAAAUUCUUUUGAUGACCUAAAUCCUGAUUGUUUGGGACAUGCAGGACUUGUCUAUGAGUAUACAUUGGGAGAAGAGAAAUUCACCUUUAUUGAGAAAUGUAACAAUCCUCGCUCUGUCACAUUAUUGAUCAAAGGACCAAAUAAGCACACGCUCACUCAAAUCAAAGAUGCAAUAAGAGAUGGCUUGAGGGCUGUUAAAAAUGCUAUUGAUGAUGGCUGUGUAGUUCCAGGUGCUGGUGCAGUGGAAGUGGCAAUGGCAGAAGCCCUGAUUAAACAUAAGCCCAGCAUCAAGGGCAGGGCCCAGCUUGGAGUUCAAGCAUUUGCUGAUGCAUUGCUCAUUAUUCCCAAGGUUCUUGCUCAGAAUUCUGGUUUUGAUCUUCAGGAAACACUAGUUAAAGUUCAAGCAGAACAUUCAGCAUCAGGUCAACUUGUGGGUGUGGACUUGAACACAGGUGAGCCAAUGGUGGCAGCAGAAGCAGGCAUAUGGGAUAACUACUGUGUAAAGAAACAGCUUCUUCAUUCCUGCACUGUGAUUGCCUCCAACAUUCUCCUGGUUGAUGAAAUCAUGCGAGCUGGAAUGUCUUCUCUAAAAAGUUGAAUUGACGCUUCCCUGGUAUUGUCUGAAUCAUGAAGAUUCUACAGAGUGAUCCUAAGAAUACAGCUAUGGAAUGUUUGUCCUAGCUUCAAAUGAUAUUCAGAGGAAUUUUUUUUUUUCC